UCAGAAUCUUAGCCGAGUGUGCCACCUGUUCCCCGUGAUAGAAAUAAGCCAAACAUUUGAAUCCUGGCUCUGCCACUACCUACCUCUGCAGGGCUGGAGUCAACGGUGUCUAGUGUGAAGAUAUAAAUGUAGAGUGCUCCUAGUCAGCCCGAGCAGAAUUCCUGGGCCUUGACCUUCCCCAUCCCAGAGUGACCCCAAGGAACGAGCAACAAGAUCCUGGAGUCAGGAAGUUCCAUACGUGGGAGAGGACCCAGCAGCACUGGGGAAACUUUAUUUCCUACUUCUGCACACCAAGUUCCUACCUCCAGAUCUGUUGGGCUCAGUUGCUGAGAAGCCUGACACACCAGUGCCACUUAGAAGAAGCCAUCCACCGGACGGAGGAAGAUGGGUGACAAUGACACGUUGCCCCAGCUCAGCCACCACAUGCUGUCCACAUCUCAUUCUCUGCUUGCAACGAAUUUCCAGGGGAACGAGGAAGACCCCAGCACUACUUACGACUACGGGGACAGUGCACCCUGUGAAAAAGACGACGUGAAGCUCAUCGCAGCCAGGCUCCUGCCCCCGCUCUACUCGCUGGUGUUCAUCUUCGGAUUUGUGGGCAACAUGCUGGUUGUCCUCAUCCUGAUAAACUGCAAGAAGCUGAAGAGCAUGACUGACAUUUACCUGCUCAACCUGGCCAUCUCCGACCUGCUUUUCCUUAUCACCAUCCCAUUCUGGGCUUACUAUGCGGCAAAUGAGUGGCUCUUAGGAAACGUGAUGUGUAAGUUAUUCACAGGGAUGUAUCACAUCGGUUAUUUUGGCGGAAUCUUCUUCAUCAUCCUCUUGACGAUCGAUAGGUACCUGGCUAUCGUCCAUGCUGUGUUUGCUUUAAAGGCCAGGACAGUCACCUUUGGGGGGGUGACCAGUGGGGUCACCUGGGUGGUGGCUGUGUUCGCCUCUCUUCCGGGAAUCAUCUUCACCAAAUCCCAAGAAGAAGGGGUUACUUACUCCUGUGGCCCUUACUUUCCAGUCGGAUGGAAGAAUUUCUAUACAUUAAUGAGGACCGUUUUGGGCCUGGUCCUGCCACUGCUUGUCAUGGUCAUCUGCUACUCAGGAAUCCUGAAGACCCUGCUUCGCUGCCGGAACGAGAGGAAGAAACACAAGGCCGUGAGGCUCAUCUUCACCAUCAUGAUCGUUUACUUUCUUUUCUGGGCUCCCUACAACAUCGUCCUUCUCCUGGACACCUUCCAGGAAUUCUUCAAUGUGAGCACCUGUAAGACCACCAGUCAGCUGGACCAAGCCAUGCAGGUGACGGAGACCCUCGGCAUGACACACUGCUGCAUCAACCCCGUCAUCUACGCCUUCGUCGGGGAGAAGUUCAGACGGUAUCUCUCCGUGUUUUUCCGAAAGCACAUCGCCAAACACCUCUGCAAACAAUGCCCCAUUUUCUAUCGGGAGACAACCGACCGAGUGAGUUCAGCAUAUACCCCUUCCACUGGGGAGCAGGAAGUCUCGGCUGGUUUCUAAAUGAACAGUAGUUUGCUUGAUAGUUUUUAAGGGAGAUGGCAAUCUAUACUUGAUAAUAAGCCCCAGGGAUUUACUGAAGAAUAGGGGCUUGGGAGUCUCUUAAGCAAGUGCCCAGAAACCUCAGGGUUGCACGUACCAACAGAGAUGUAUGUACCAACAUGUACUCCAGGAAUAUUGCAGAACAACUGUGGGUAGAGACUGACUCUCUAGCAAGCUCAUCUUGGUUCCUGGAAAAUGCCACAGGGCCUUGUGCUUACGCUCUUUUCCCAGUCUUCACUAUUUCUUCUGUCACUCUCUGAUUUUAUCAGUCUCUUUCAUCACGCCCCCGGCUGGAGGCGGGAGGAGAAGGAGACAGGCUUGGGCGAAUGUGAGUGGGGUUGGGCCUUGUCUAGAGAGGAGGGGGUCGUGAGCAUGGCUGAGCCUGGAUGGGGAUGAAGAUAAGGGGUUUGCUCCUUCCGCCAGGCAGUCGUUCUGUCCCUUAGCCCCGCCCCCGCCCCCCCCCCACACACACACGCAUUUAUUUUGAAGGCUUUCCCAGGUCCUGGAGAGCUUGGGAGCUGUAAUUACUUUCUGACAGCUUUGCUUGGGUCCCAUGAUCCUUCUCUGUGUAAGUGCAUGACACAUUUUUGCUUUAUUGUGGUUUAUCUAUGCCACCUACACACCCUACAUUUGAAAGCUAUUAAAUCGAUGGCUGUAUUGUUCCCAUGCUUCUUAGGCCACAUGCCACUAGAAAAAUUUUUGUUUACAAAAUCUAUAGUGAGAUGAAAAAACUAAAGCCCUUGUUUGGGUCUUUCUGGGGAAAGGGGAGGGAUGGAGGCAGUGACGAGGGGCAAGGGUGGGGCCCAACGGGUGCCCCCGGGGGGUGGCGGGGCCAUAGCAAGAGUCAGACCACCCCUGGACUGUUUCUAGAAACAGCUAAGGGAGAGGCCAGGAAGGACGCCUCGGCGCCUCUAAAGGCCUCAUGUAUCGGAUCUGACUGAGUUGUUUCCUUGUAGUCUUUCCCAGCCUUCUUGCUGCCCUGCCUCAUCUGUUUCUCCAAAGCUUUUAUCACAUAACUCCUGCCUAUAGAAUUACCCUACUUCAAAAUCCAGCUGUCGAGGUCCAGGAAAGUAGACUUGGGGAGAAUGUGAAGGAAACUGCAGUAAGAACCCCUUAGUGAACACACUGGAGUGUGUCCUCAGGGCAGAGAAGUGGCCUGGAGACAGGACAGAGACCCUGCCCUGGAAAUCAUACACCAGCCUGUGUAUCUAUGUGUCCAAAUGACCAGGAAGGGCGGGCCUAAAUGAAGAAGACUCUAGGUGGGUUGGAUAAAAACGUCUUCCAAACUGCCUUCCAGGGCCUCACUUUUGGAUACAUAAAUGAGUUCAGAUGUUGUUGUUUUUUUUUAAGUAAAAGUAAAAUUAAAGUAAAAAUAAAAUUAAAGUAAAAAUAAAACUGCAACUUUCAGAUGUGCCAAAGUAUCAUUUUAAGAGCUACUAUUAUGCCAAACCUGAAAAUAUGGUAUUAGUCGUAGAGACAAUUCUGGUUUUGAGCUUAAAAUCUUGCAGCAUUUUUAGGAGACUACUGAUUCACAUAAAUAGCUGUUGAUCAGUCACUUGGAGGUCUGAUCUCUGGACUUACUGAUUUAUGGUGAUGUAGCAUCGAAAGGAUACCACGUCAAUCACAGCACAUACUCCACAACUGUCAUUUCAACCGUGUCUUUAUUGUCUCAGACCUGCUGCCAAAAAUCUUUUUUUACACCAUUAAGUCCAUGAAGUCAUGGAUUUAAUCAUAUGAGAAUGUUUCACCUGCAGGGCCUUGCAGGUGUCCUUACUGUGUUUCAAAUUGUCCCGUUUGGCCAGUGGGAACACCUGAAUCAAGCUGACUUCUGAUCAAAGCCUUUAAACCCUAUUUGUAAAGGAGGGGAGUUGGUUCCUUAAGUAAGCAAAGACUUCUGUCUUGGUUGAGCCAAGAUAAGAACGUGCAUACACGUUACCCAGUGCAUGUCCGGACUGAUGCAAGCAAGAAACACAGGAUUUCUGAACCCAGUAACUUGGAAGCUGAAAGAGUAUGGCUUUACUUUCUUGCUUCAUGGCUAGAGAAGGUUCAGAAAGACAUGUGUGUGUUGAGAGUGGGGUGGGGGCUCAUGCUUCACCUGCAGGUAUUUGUGUUAUCCUCAUGAAUGCAUUACAUUUUCUCUUGAUGAUGAAAUGUAAAUAUUGUUUUUUAAAAAACUAUGAUUUGGAAAAUGAAUCGAUGUUCUAUAUGGCUUGUCUUUUUCUUUUAACUGUCUGAUUAGCAACUCCCCAUUUCCUCCUUUCCCCAACUUCUGGCAACCACCCUUCAAUCCUUUUCCUCUGUGAGUUUGACUAUUUUAAAUAUGUCACGUAAGUGCAAUCAUGCAGUACUUGUCCUUCUGUCACUGGCAUGUUUUACUUAGUACAGUGUUUUCUAGCUUCAUCCAUGCUGCCACAUAUCACUGGAUUUUCUACUUUUUUGAGGCUGAAUAAUAGUCCAUUCCGUGCAUUUAUCACAUUUGCUUUAUUCAUUUAUCAACACGCGUAACAUAUCAUUUGUAUGAGAUGAAUAAGUUCUAAAUAUCUACUUUACAACAUUGUGCCUAUAGAUAACAACACAGUAUUGUACACUUAGAACUCUGUGAAGAGGGUAGGUCUCAUGUCAAGUGUUCUUACCACAAUGAAAAUAAAUAAAUAAAA